AUGGGCACCAAUGCACCAAGAAAUCGGAACGAGCUUUUUGUCAUGCAUCUUCUUGGAUUUAUUUUUCUUUUAACUUAUUGUUCGGCUGAUACUCCAGAGGUUUGUUAUCCGUCAGUUGUUCGGCACCGGAUUGAUUCGAUAUUUCCAACUUCUCGUUUGUUCUGCGUCUCCAAGCAAAAUGAUGAUUUGGAAUAUGGUGACGUGGAAAUUGUGAAUGGCGAAGAGCAAUGGAACGAAUUUUCAAAAUCUAGAUGGCAGCAAGAUGAAUCUGAUUCACAAGAAAAUUUAGAACUCUUACAUUUCGGAAGUUCAAGAGCCGUUCGCCUAUUCAAAUUUCCCGCUGCAAUUUCAGCAUCCGAUUUCUGUACUGGAACUCAAAAUGUGAUAACGAAAAGGAAUAUGACAGUAAAGUGCAAGCCUCUCGCCACCACUGAUAUUUUGUCUCAUUGUUCCGAAAAUGAGUUUCUCAAUGCUCAGGCUCUGUUUGGAAACGGCGAUUUUGUAGAACGAACCGAAAAUGAGACGAUUGCGAUUCCAAGGCUCAGCACCGCCCAAUUUAUAGCUCCAGUUUGGAAUAAUUCAAUGUGUUAUGGAGUUUUGAAAUCUGCAAAUAUUAUAUUCCGAAUGAAUGGGAUAAAAACGAAUUCCGUUGAGAUUGAUGCCCAAUAUGAUAGUCUUCCUGGAAAUGUAGAUAAUAAUUGGUUCGAGCAGACAUUUUCAGUUUAUUGGAUUCCGCUUGUGGUUGCCAGUGAGAUAGAGACAAAUCAGACUGUUGUAGGAUAUAAAGCUGGGGAGCAAACUUAUAGGGUUAAAGGUUCUAUUCCCGUUCCAUUCGCUGUUCCAACACUAGGCAACUGCUAUUCUGGAUCUAUUGCACCAUCUCCUGUGUUCUUCCUUCGAUCGAUGUCUUCUGUGUGCACGAUUUCCACAAUAAAUUGCGAAGAUGCUCGUGCAAAAGCGAGAGCAUUCUACGAACAAGUUUAUCCAUCCGUACUUGUUUCAUCGCCUUCAGAAGAUGCACAUCCAGCUUCCGUUGGGAGAGUUAAUGUUACUUGGGAAGAACUAUCACCUUCCACAAUAUCCUGCCGUUUACCUGUGUCCUCGUUACUUCAAAUCUACUAUUCCAAGCAAGGAUCUACAAAAAACUAUCGAGAGGUUAUAAUUGCAGGAAACUCACAGCUACUUUUAGAUGAUGUUCCGUAUCUUUCUGGCCAAGAAAUUCGUAUGCCAAUCUCAAUUUCAUUCACAGAAGUCACACCACCUCCGAAGAACAUAUUUUCAGCUUUACCUUACGUUGAUAUUCGACUACCUCACGACUUCUUCUAUCCAUUUAUGAGCACUUCAAACUACUCUGCUAGCUUAAACUAUUCACAAUGUAUUUUUAUCAUUUUUAUAAUCUAUAUUCUUAAAUAAAAACUGUUUUUA